AUGAAUACCAAGACAAAGAGACGAAUACAAGCACCGGUAGUAGCAGAUGAAGAAGAAAAAAGGAUCAUGCCGAUCCUUCCAGAUGAUAUCAUUGUCAACAUACUUUUCAUGUUACCUGUAGAAUCGAUAUGCAGAUUCAGGUGCGUCUGCAAAUACUGGUGCCAUAAAUUGUUAGACGUUAAAGACCCUAAUUUUAUUAAAAGUCGUCGUAAACACGGCUUUGAAAGCGAAAAAGUACAUUGCUUUUCAGUAUUCGAAGAACGCAAUGCCCAUGCGCAGUAUGAAUUUUAUAUGUACAAUAAUAUCACGAAAUCUUCGGUUUUUAAAGAUGACUACUAUGGGUGUGUUAAGAUAGAUUCUCCCUUCAAAUCUCAAGUAGUUGAUGAUAAAAGUCUAGAAAGGAUUGACAUUCUUAGUUCUUGUAAUGGUUUGGUCAUGAUGAAAGGCUACUUUGUCGAUGAUAGUCUUUGGCUUUGGAACCCAUCUACGAAAGAGUCCAUGGAAAUAGUAAUACCAAAAAUUAAAUAUGGACAACCCAAAAUAACCAACUUAAGCAAUGUUACAUAUGGAUUUGGUUAUGAUCGCGACACCAAUGAUUACAAAAUCGUGAAAGCUACUUGUUAUGGUUAUAAUUUUUUUGGAGUUUAUUAUGGUUGUCAAGUUCAGGUCUAUAUAUCAAGUUCUCAUUCUUGGAAAACCUUACCCAACAUUCCGUACAUAAUUGAUGGUUAUCGCAAUAAGGCAGAAGCAAUAUUCGUAUGUGGAGCUUUUCACUGGAGAGCGAGGAACCUUGAAACCCACGAUACGUGCAUUCUAGCUUUUGAUAUCCAUGGCGAGAAAUUCAGGGAAGUAACACUUACUCAACAGGUCUAUGAACUAUUUGACAACAUGGAUUACAGACUUCACAUAUCAUUGGGUGUUUUACAAGGGUGCCUUUGCAUUAUACUACUCUGUAAAGAUGGUUCUGAAAUUGAAGUUUGGAUGAUGAAGGAUUACAAAGUGAGAGAAUCAUGGACUAAAUUGUUCAUUGCCCAGGUCCCUGCUGUAUUUUCAAACCCCAUAAGAUAUGUGAAAAUAUUAUGGGAAUUCAAGAACGGUGAAGUUUUAUUAGUAACAACCACGGUUUGUGAAAGCAACACUUGUUUUUUUACAUAUGACUUGGUGAGCCAAAAAACUGAUGUUACGGCGAUCCAGCACAUUCCUACAAACGAAAAAUGGAAUAUAGUAGCUUAUGUUGAGAAUCUGGUGUCACUUAGAUCAAUCGGGGUUUUACGUAAGAGACCAAGAACAUGCACCCAAGGAUCAAGAAAAUCAGUACGUUUGGCGAAUAAAGCACAGCUAAUUGGACGAAAUUGCUAG